AUGAAAGCUUUAUGGAGCUCAAACAUAAAGUUUCUAACACACAAUAACAGAGAGAAAAAGGGUCUUUUCUGCUCAAGGGAAAUUGCUCUGAGCAGACAAGGUAAGGGUUUUUCUUUACAUCAAAAGCGUGUUAGAAAUGGGUUUUCCCUUACAGCGACGUUUCAGUUAAAGCGCGUUUGUUGGAUCUCUGCAUCUUCUUCUGCUCAGGUCAAUGAUGAAACUGAAGAAACACAAGCAAUUGACUCAGAGCAUAAACCGAAAAUUGUUCGUGUCAGGUUCAAAUUACACAAAGAAUGUGCAUUUGGGCAGAAAUUUUUGUUAGUUGGGGAUGAUCCAAUGGUUGGAUUGUGGGAUCCCUCAAAUGGGGUGCCGUUAAUUUGGUCCGAAGGGCAUGUUUGGACUGCAGAAAUUGAUAUGCCAAGUGGUAAGGUACUCGAGUAUAAGUUCGUACUUAAGGGAGAAGCUGAAAAUGUGACAUGGCAGCCCGGUCCAGAUAGGUUUAUCAAAACAUGGUACACUGACAAAGUAAUAACCGUUUAUGAGGAUUGGGAAAAUCCCGAACUCCAAAACACUGUCGAGGAGGAAAUUUCAGACAGCUUAAAAGACGAGUCUUUGCUCGACUCGAAUUCGUCGAUAAAAAAAGGUGAGAAUUCGAAUCAGCCGGUAUUUUUGGCUGAAGAAAAUGACUCGAUUGAUGAACUCGGAGGUGUUAAUAACUAUAUAGAAGAGGAUCAAGUGAGCCCCCAUUAUGUGUCCAUGGUUGCGGAAAAUAUUACCGAGGGAUUUGAGGGACGAGAUAUUAUGAGUGCAAAUGAUGAGAAUGGAGAAAGAAAAUCGGGAGGUAACGAUGUGGCGAUUUACAGUGCCGACUUAUUUAGCUUGAAAGGUGAAGAGAAGACAGUAGUGUCGGAUGAAGGGAUUCCGGUUUUAGUGCCUGGCUUAAUUUCGAGUCCAUUGGAGGAGAUUGAAGAAAAAGUGGUAAAUGAGCUUGAUGAGAAUGAUGAUAUUGCUGAGGAAAGAGUUCAUGAAGUUGAGGAUUUAACUGAAGCUGAGUUAGCUGAUGAGAAUGUAUCUGCCUCGAUGCUACAAGAAAGCAACAAGACGAUACUGAACAUUGAUGAUCAGAAGAAGCAAAUCAACGGCUCAGAUCAAAUCUUGGAUGGCGACUUGCAAUGGGGAAGACGAACUCUUCGGAAAUUGCUCGCGAAUUUCGGAUUUCAGUAA